AUGAGUCCUCCAACAACCAACGGUAAAGAUGCCUUGCCCCAGGACGGCACCUACGACCAGAUCGAAAUCGCAUCCAACCCUCAAAUCCUCACCGAAGCAGACUGUUACUCAGACCUAGGCUACUCGUUCCCCAGCGUCAAGAAAUGGACAAUCAUUACCGUCAUUUUCCUCGUUCAAACAUCCAUGAACUUCAACACCAGUCUUUACUCCAACGCUGUAUCUGGUAUCUCAGAGGAGUUCAACGUGAGCAAGCAAGCGGCACGCUGCGGAGCUAUGAUAUUUCUCAUCCUAUAUGCAUUUGGGUGUGAGCUCUGGGCUCCCUGGAGUGAGGAGCUGGGACGAAAGCCCAUUCUGCAGCUGAGCUUGUUCCUCGUGAAUAUCUGGCAGAUUCCGGUUGGGAUUGCCCCGAACUUUGCGACGAUUAUGGUUGGACGGGCUUUGGGUGGUAUAUGUACAGCUGGGGGAUCUGUGACAUUGGGAAUGAUUGCGGAUCUCUGGGAGGCGGACGAUCAGCAAUAUGCAGUGGCAUGCGUGGUGUUUUCCUCCGUGGGAGGCUCUGUUCUCGGCCCUGUUGUUGGGGGAUUUGUGGAGGCUUACCUUCCUUGGAGGUGGAAUAUUUGGAUCCAGCUCAUAUUCGGUGGUUUCGUUCAACUCGCACAUCUGGUCUUGGUGCCAGAGACCAGGACAUCGAUACUAGUUGACCGGGUUGCGAGACACCGACGUGCAAAGGGCAAAAACGUUUACGGCCCUGGCGAGGUCGUAUCUUUCAAAGAUCGGUUCUCGGCACGGGAGAUCCUGACAACCUGGGUCCGGCCUUUUCGCAUGUUUCUCACUGAGCCAAUUGUUGCGGCCCUAUCUCUGCUCAGCGGUUUCACAGAUGCCCUGAUAUUUAUCUUCAUUCAAUCCUUCGCCCUCGUUUACGAGCAAUGGCACUUCAGCACUGUGGCCGUCGGUCUAUCUUUCAUUCCUAUUAUAGUAGGAUACAUAAUCACCUGGAUAAUCUUUAUACCCGUCAUCUGCCGCAAUAUUCACGAGCGUCAGACAAAACCGGAUGAUGAACGAGCACAAUACGAAUCACGUCUUUGGAUCCUCCUCUACGCAGCACCCUGCCUCCCCAUUGGACUGAUCGGAUUUGCGUGGACUUCUCUCCCGCAAACGCAUUGGAUCGGAACGAUGUUCUUCUCAGCGCUAGUGGGCAUUGCGAACUUCAGUAUCUUCAUGGCUACGAUCGACUAUAUGAUUUGCGCUUACGGUCCGUAUUCUGCAUCUGCUACGGGAGGGAAUGGCUUCGCAAGGGACUUUCUGGCGGGUGUUCUGACUGUUCCUGCGACGCCAUUUUAUCAGAACAUCGGAGGAAAGUAUCACCUGGAGUAUGCGUCUACCAUUCUAUUCUGCAUAUCAGUGCUCCUCGUCGCUACGGUAUAUGUGAUUUACUUCUAUGGGCCAGUUCUCCGCAAGCGGUCACCGUUCGCGCAGCAACUGAUGGGUAGGAGGGCGGAAAUGCAGACUGAGAUUCGAUCUGCAGCUGCGUCGCGAGCUAAUUCUCGUCGAAACUCGGAGGUCUGA